UGGAGCGCUGACCGGGGGCGCGGCGGCGGAGGUGGUGAGGGCGCGGAGGGCUAAUUGGCUGCCGGCUGCGGCCAAGGAGGUUUGAGGGUUUGGAGAACCAGCCGAGAGGGACCCCGCGGCCGGGCCGGGGCGACCCGGGGCUGCAGCAAUGGAGGACCAGAGGGAGGCGCUAAGAAAAAUCAUCACCACCCUGGCCGUGAAGAAUGAGGAAACCCAGACCUUCAUCUACUCCCUGAAGCAGAUGCUGCUGAAUGUAGAGGCAAACUCAGCCAAAGUCCAGGAGGACCUGGAAGCCGAGUUCCAGUCCCUCACGUCUGUUCUGGAGGAGCUGAAGGAAUCCAUGCUGAUGAAGAUCAAGCAGGACCGGGCCAGCCGAACCUAUGAGCUGCAGAACCAGCUGGCCGCCUGCACGAGGGCCCUGGAGAGCUCUGAGGAGCUCCUGGAGACAGCCAACCAAACCCUGCAGGCUGCAGACAGCGAGGACUUCCCACAGGCCGCCAAGCAAAUCAAAGAUGGUGUGACCAUGGCCCCAGCCUUCCGACUGUCACUCAAAGCCAAGGUCAGCGACAAUAUGAGUCACCUCAUGGUGGACUUCACACAGGAACGGCAGAUGCUACAGACCCUCAAGUUCCUGCCUGUGCCCAGCGCCCCCAUCAUCGACUUGACCGAGUCCCUGGUGGCAGACAACUGUGUGACACUGGUGUGGCGCAUGCCGGAUGAGGACAGCAAGAUUGACCACUACGUGCUGGAGUAUCGCAGGACCAAUUUUGAGGGCCCACCCCGCCUCAAGGAGGACCAUCCCUGGAUGGUUGUCGAGGGCAUCCGGCAGACUGAGCACACCUUGACAGGACUCAAAUUUGACAUGAAAUACAUGAAUUUCCGUGUGAAAGCCUGUAACAAGGCAGUAGCUGGUGAAUUCUCCGAGCCGGUGACCUUGGAGACGCCAGCAUUCAUGUUCCGCCUGGACGGGUCCACAUCUCACCAGAACCUGCGCGUGGAGGAUCUCUCCGUUGAGUGGGACGCCAUGGGAGGCAAGGUCCAAGAUAUCAAGGCUCGCGAGAAGGAGGGCAAGGGCCGGACAGCGUCCCCUGUAAACUCCCCAGCCAGAGGGACUCCGUCUCCCAAGAGGAUGUCCUCAGGUCGUGGGGGACGGGACCGCUUCACAGCUGAGUCUUACACGGUGCUGGGGGACACGCUGAUCGAUGGCGGGGAGCACUAUUGGGAGGUGCGCUUCGAACCGGACAGCAAGGCCUUUGGCCUGGGUGUGGCCUACCGCAGCCUGGGCCGCUUUGAGCAGCUGGGCAAGACCGCUGCGUCCUGGUGCCUGCAUGUCAACAACUGGCUGCAGGCCAGCUUCACCGCCAAGCACGCCAACAAGGUCAAAGUGCUGGACAGCCCCGUGCCCAGCUGCCUGGGCGUGCACUGCGACUUCCACCAAGGCCUCCUGUCUUUCUACAAUGCCCGAACCAAACAGCUCCUGCAUUCGUUCAAGGCCAAGUUCACGCAGCCCCUGCUUCCAGCCUUCACAGUGUGGUGUGGAAGCUUCCAAGUGACAACAGGCCUUCAGGUCCCCAGCGCUGUGCGCUGUCUGCAGAAGAGGGGCAGUGCCACCAGCAGCUCCAACACCAGCCUCACCUAGGCCUGGGUUGCCUGCCAGCUGGGCGCUUCGGCCUGGCAUCUCCUCCUAUCUGCUGCUUGGAGCCUUAACUCUGGAAGGGAGGGCCAGGGCCCCCUCCCCACCUCACUUCAUAAUAAAGAAAUAACA